GGAUAAUUGAGUUACACAUAAGGCGAGACAAAAGCAGACAGUGAAGGAAGUAGUGAGGAAGUAUUAGUAUGUAAGAGCGUUAGAGUAACAAAAGUAUUCCUGAGUCAACCUGAGAUUUAUCUACCACCUUCUCUAGAGACCCAGCCGUCCAUAAAACUGUCUCACAAUGAAGGAAAAUUUGGCAAACCUUAUUCAGUUCAGUGAGGAAAAUUAAGGUAAGGUAAAAAGUCGCAGUAUAAUGUUUAUGAUGUUAAAGGACACAAUGUCACCGAGACGAGGAUGACAAGAAGAACUGCGCCAAGGCCAGCAGUAUCAAGGAAGAUAUAUAGAGAUAGACAUUCCUUGGUCAAUGUGAUAAUUGCUGUCUUCGUUGUUAUAUCAAGUACUCAAGUUACAAGACACUAUUCCAUCAUCGGCUGGCCUCAAACGUCAAGUAAACGUGAUUCACAGGCCGUGAAUCCAGCGUGAUUGUUGGUGUUGCCCUUGGCGGAAUAUAGAAGAUCAUCCUGAAGCAUGCCACUUCGUCAGAGUGACCGCCAAGGUGGUGCUGGGACCAACCUCAAGUUAACUGCUUAUAAGAAGUUUCCUACAAACUAUCCUCAUCGGAAUACAGAUCUGUGGUUAAGUGGUAAAAGAAUUGAUGACAACAUUGGUCCCUACUGGAGGAUACACAACAAGCUGUAUGAUCUAACAGACUUCGCUGACCGCCACCCAGGAGGCAAAAUGUGGAUAGAGGUUACCAAGGGCACAGACAUCACUGAAGCCUUUGAGAGUGCUCAUAUUAGUGGAAAUGCUGAGAAGCUCCUUAAAAAAUUCUUUGUUAAAGAUAUUUCAACACCUAGGAACUCUCCUUAUACAUUUCAUGAAGAUGGUUUUUACAAAACAUUCAAAAGAAAGGUGCAACCUAUCCUGAAAGAAAUAGGUACUGGACCUUCAUGGAAAAGUUUGCUGAUCCAAGAUGGUUUAACCCUUGCCUUUGUUGGCCUGACAAUUGCUUCUUCUGUUUUAUCUUCAUUUACUCUUGCAGCUUUUGCAGGUGCUAUCCUGAGCCUGGUCAUAUCAUGUGCCCACAACUUCUUCCACCAGAGAGACAACUGGAGGAUGCAUUACUUUGAUUUGUCCUUUGCUGCUGCAUAUGACUGGCGUGUGACUCAUGCACUUUCACAUCACCUCUACACUAACACUGCCAAUGAUAUUGAAAUAUCUAUUUUCGUGCCACUAUGGGAGUAUUUACCAAAACCCGACAAAACUUUGCUCCAGAGAUAUGGGACUAUUAUCUAUGAGUUCGCCUUGCUCCCACUUGGACCCUUUCACCACCAUAUGCAGAAUAUCUAUGCAGCGUAUGUUAAGGGUAGAGCACCUCCCCCGGGGGAAUUUGCACAGUAUUCUGUGUUGUUCGUGAUGGCUAUCUUUUCCCAAUCUUUUUGGCUUGCACUCAGAUUAUUUGUGGCACUGCAUGUGACUGCACAUUUGGUAUUCUCAUUUAUUGGCUUGACAGCAGCCCACCACCAUCCUGAUAUUUUCCAUGAUGGAGACAAGAUGAGAGAUGAUCCUGACUGGGGACUGUGCCAGCUAGAUGCAGUGAGAGACAGGACGGAAGUUACUGGCAACUUGCUAAUGGUGUUGACAACUUUUGGUGACCACACUCUUCACCAUCUCCUGCCCACUGUUGACCACUCCAAGUUGAGCAGCCUCUACCCAGUCUUCUUGGAAACAUGCAAGGAGUUCAAUGUGCCAUUUUCCUUUAUGAGUUGGCAAACUUUAUUUACUGGAAGAUACUUGCAGAUGGCUAAUAUUACCCCAAACCCUAACCAUCCAGGCUAUAAAGCUAAAGUGUCCUAAAAAUCACAAUAAUUAGGAGUAACUUUAGGGGAAUUGGUAUUAUUAUGUAGUUAAUUACACCAAUUCUUUUGAUUUAGUAAAAAAAAUAGUUACCAUAGACUAAUUUACCUAUUUAUGUUUACUUCUGAUGCCUCACAAGAGAAAUAACAUUAAAUUUGCCUUAAAAUUUGUGAUAUGAUGAGAAGGAAGCUCUAAAAUCAAACAUAUGAAUGUUAUCUGGUGAAUGCAUGUGUAUGGGUAUUUUAUAAUAGGUACUCCAUUUUGUUUUUGAUACACCUUUGUGGUUGUCUCACCUUACCUUACCUUCCAUAUGCAGAAAAUUAGCAAUCAAGGGGGAAAACAUUGUUAUCACUUCAUACCACUCACUGAGCCAAAGUAAAUAUGAAGGAAUUGAAGGAAAGCAGAAAUAUUACAGUUUCUAUAUUAACAGAAAAUAUUAUUCAGCAGAUUAUAUGUACGUUCUAGAUGCUGCAUUAUUUGCUCACUACAAGUGAGACAACAAUGUUGUGAUUUAUUGUAUAUUUAACAUAGAAGAAAGAAUUCUGGAAUUAAGAGAAUAUGUGCAUGAUCAAUUAAGCUUAAAAGGUAUUUCACCUUUAGGACACAGUAUGCAUAUAAAUCACAUUGCUAAAAGGCCUCCCCUUGUAUGACAGUAAUGUGGACUGCGACCACAGUCUCAAAGUUGGAUUGUAACACAAAAUUGGUGCACAAACCAAUUUAUUAUAAAACUAGUGUGGCCACCAUCACCCCAACAGACCUCAAAAAAUAGCACAAUUAGCAUUUCUGGACAAAAUACCUUAAUGGGAAGCUGCUACGCAACACCCAUAACAAUCUGCAUAAACAUAUUAACCUUACAUUAUCACCAGUUUCCUGACACCAUCGUCAAAUGCUGCAUUAGUACCAAAAGAAAAGCUAAUAAGUAGUUCUAGAAUAACUUGAAAACUUUUAAAUGUGCCUAUUCUUUUGCUGACUGAUGUCAUGGGUGAUACUCAAGAAUAAAAUUUUCAAAUAAAAUUGCCUGUAUAUGUAAUAUACAGCUAUAAUUAAGAA